AUAAUUAUUAUAUUAUAUAUGUACGAAUGAAUUUGAGGUAUUACAAAUCAUUAUAACAUUUGGUAUAUGAGAUUCUAGUUUUCAGUAAUUAAAAAUAAUUUUCCAAUGAAAAUGUCACUUGCAAUCAAAUGUCCAAAAUCCUUCCCAACCCAGUCCGUCCUAAUUGAACUUCAAAUGAAGCAUGUGUUAUAUACACCAAGCAGAGAGGAUGAUGCGAGAAAUCGAAGUAAAAUAACAAAAGAGAAAUUCCUACAUAUACAACACGUAAGUUUAUAAGAUUUUUGACGAAGCAUGAUUGAAGGUCACUAGUAAUGAUAAGUAAGCCUAUUUGCCUAAACAAUCCAAUAUAUGAAUGAAGAAAGACAGUAGCCAUAGAAUAGAAUAAGAACAUAGCAACUAGUCUCUCUAUGAAGAGCCAAGUGAGGAUGAGUGAUAUAAGGUAAAGAUGCGACUAGUGUAAAGCUGAACAGAAAUAUGCCCCCACACUCCAAGCCUGCUCUAGCAGACAAGCAGACCAUUUUCCCUUUUUAAAACCCAUGGACGUGGGUGGAAGAAGGAGAACAUAAAACAGAGGAGAAUAUAACCCAACCAAUUCCACCACUUUGGCUCCCCUUUUUGUGGGAAUGGGGCAGCACAAGAAUAAUUUGUAUUUCUCGAGGAGUAAUUGAACUGAAUCGCUAUUCAUCGCCAUAAAAUUCAAAUUUUAUCGCCCUAAAUUGUAUCAAAUUGACAUUUUUACCCUCUAGCCCAAUUUCGAACCAAAACCUAAAAUAAACAAUUCCUUACCCCUGCCUAGCCGCCGCCGAGCUCCACUAUCCUCGGGCUCUGUUCCCGCUGUCAAAUUUUCUCGCCGGCAGCUGCCCACCUCAAGCUGAUUUUGUCCAAUACUUGGUCGACCGGAGACUAGGACGGCUUCCGGGUUGAUUUUGUCCAAUACUUGGUCAGGUGGAGUUUCGGCGGCGAGAGAAGGGGAGAAGAGGUGAGUUGCAGUUGGCUUCAGAUGUUGUGUUCAGUUCCUCUCCUUGAUCCAUAUUUUUCAAGGCAUCAGGAUCAUCAUCAUCCUCAUCAUUCAAAGGCUUUCUUCCCCUCUCAUCUCGUGUUCCAUUUAUUGGCUUUGCAUGUUUACCGUUUGCAAUUUAGGUUUUCGAUUGUAAUUUUUUUAUUUUCGUUCCUGGUUUUUGGCGGAGGUGAGGAAGAGCGGCCAGAGGAGAAAGAAAUGUCACCGCCGCCGACGAUGAUGGCGUCGUAUGUAUAGUUGUAUGUGUUUGUUUUAGUGUUCAUAUGUUUUGAAAACAAAUAUUAAAGUAAGGAUAUUUGAGUCAUUUUCAUAAAAGUUAGGGCGAUGAAUAAGGUAUUUUAGGGUGACGAAUAGUAAUGCCUUAAUUGAAUGGGUGGUGGGGUGAAUGACAUGCGUGUGCGAGUUUAUUACCGUAAUUGGUCACUCUAUUUAAGUUAGUAAAAUACGAUACUUCAAAGUCUAGAAUUGUAUAAAAAUAGAGGGUUUUGUUCUUUUUAAUGAUAACUAUAAUUUGCACUUUUCUCGGGGCGGUUAGCAUGCUAACCCCCUAGGUGUUGGUUUUUUGACACCCCUUCCUUAUUUGUCAAUUUUUUUAUUAAUCAUUUGACAAGUAUAAUGAAAGUAGACAUAAUAAAUGCAACUUGUAGAAUUUAAUACUCUUAUUAAAUACAAAUUAAGAAUUAAAUACAACACAUUAAUUACUUGCAUUUUUUAAAUCUAAACCUAUAUAAAAUGCAAUUCUCUCUCCUAUCUCUAAUCCUUCUUUCUCCUAUCUAUGAUCAUUCCUUUUUGAGCAACCUCCGACCGACUCCUUCCCAAGCCCCUCUCCACUUCAAUUUACAGAUCUGAAUUUUCAAUUUACAGAUCUGAUUUUUGUAUCACUUCACUAAUAUUUGUACCACUCACUUAAAUUCAAAAUAUGGUAUUUUGUAACAGUGCACUGGUAGCGACACCACCACUCCACUGGUAACGAUAUCAGUGCACUGGUAAAAAUGUCAAAUCUAAAUAUCAGUGCAAUGGUACUACAUAUCCGAUGGCCGGAGAGAUUCUGCCGGCGGGACCGGCAAAGUGUGGUGGUCGGAGGCUGUUGGAAAGGAAAAAUCAGAGAUAGGAGAGAGAAUUGUUUUGUAUAGGUUUAGAUUUUUUUAAAAAAUAAGUAAUUAAUGUGUUAUAUUUAAUUCUUACUUUGUAUUUAAUAAGAGAACAUUUAUUAUGUUGACUUUCAUUAAUACUUGCCAACCUCACUUUUCUCAAUAGCCACGGUGUUUCAUAUAUGACAAUGGUUAUGUGAAAAUUUUCGGAGCACAAUCGACAUUUCAUGUCAUUUGAUUCACGAUUUUCAAGCAUGGAAGAGCCAGAAAUGAAACUACAGUUACCUUCCAUCAUCUUGGAGUUGGAUUCUGUUAGGGCUGCCUGUGUUUGCGUUCCUCCCUCCCCCAUUUUCUAUUGUUCAUGUAUUGCCCCAAUGCACAAAGCUGGGCACGUCUCUUUGGCCCUGACCCUGAGAUUCUUCACAACCUGACAAACCCAACAGUGGUCACCAAUCAGAUCAUAGCGAUCCCCUGUUUACCUCACUCUCUGUUUUAACUAAUAAACUUCAGUCGGGGGGAUCUCUGUACAAUCCCGCUUCAUAUGCUUACAGACAAUAGAGACCAAACACGGAAUACAGAUUUAUUCAUAUUCAUAUUGGGAAAUUCAGGAGAUGCACCACAAUUACAGUGUCAGGGUUGAGCUACCCAACAGACAAAAAAAACAGAGCAUUCGUCCGAGCCUCCCAAAUCGAAUAUGGCGACGACUAUCGUAACGGCCUCAGAUUUAUCUUCCCUUUUUCUUUCUGUUUUACCGGCCAUCGGUUAAAUUGGGUCACUUAAUUUCAGGCGGGUAUUAUGUUUACAGUUCACCUGACUUGGUAAAAAUAAAUUGCGUUCAUGAUCUUGUUACUACGUAACGCUGAUUCACAAAUCAUAACACAUGCAACCUACCGGUAAUGAUAAUAAAGCCAGAGCGAUGCAUAGAAAGUGCAUAGGAGAAAUGAUCGACAAUGGAACUGGAGUAAUACCUGAAAGAAGGAAUUUCUAGGAUAUUUUUUGGCUUCUUUUUCGAUUUUCGAGUUCUUUGGCAAUCAUGGUGGUGGGUUUUUUUUUUCCUGGAAAAGGAAAAGAAAAUGGGGGAGAAAGAAAAAGUAGUGGUGACGGGUGAAUAUGGGA